UGCUGAGAGAACGGCUUCUUAGCAAUUCUGGGGUUGUGCCUUAUAUAGAAAACGAAGUCUUUGAUUAUUGACGCUGUAACUGUAGUACAUUUAUAAUACGCAUAUAUUUUUUUUACGGAUUUCAGACGGGUAUGACGGACACUGUUGCGCAUCAUGGAUGUCAGGAGAGUGGCAUGAAAGAAAAUGGCUACUUUAAAAAGGGAUCUAAUCCAUUUGCCCAGACUGGCCGCAGCAAACUUCAGAACCAGCGAGCAUCUCUGAAUCAGCAAAUCAUCAAAGAAAUGCGUUUACGAGCAGGAGCAGAAAACCUCCUUCAAGCUUCAAUAAAUGGCAAGGUGCGAGAGAUGGUUUUGCUGGAACUGAGCUACGUGAACUCCAACCUGCAGCUUUUAAUGGAGGAAUUAGAAACCCUGAACAGCUCAGUUGAGAUAUACCAGGAAGUUAAAGAUACCUCCAGCAUUCCAUUAAUUCCUCUGGGACUGAAGGAGACAAAGGAAGUUGAUUUUUCAGUUGUUUUCAAGGACUUUAUUUUGGAGCACUACAGUGAAAAUGGUUCAAAUUAUGAAGAGGAAAUUGCUGAUCUCAUCGAUCUACGUCAGGCUUGCCGAACUCCAGGAAGAAAUGAAGCUGGUAUUGAUUUGCUUGCUAGCUACUUCAGCCAGCUUGGAUUUGUGGAAAACAGAUUCUUUCCACCAAGCAGACAGAUGGGAAUUUUUUUUACAUGGUAUGACUCUUUCACUGGUGUACCCGUUUGCCAGCAGAAUAUUUCUCUGGAGAAAGCCAGUAUCCUUUUCAAUAUUGGUGCUCUGUACACACAAAUUGGCACACGGUGUGAUCGACAAACCAAGUCAGGCCUAGAAAAUGCAAUCAGUGCCUUUGAAAGAGCUGCAGGUACACUAAACUAUCUCAAAGAGGCUUUCACACACACUCCCAGCUAUGAUAUGAGCCCAGCCAUGCUGAAUGUACUGACCAAGAUGAUGUUAGCUCAAGCUCAGGAAUGCAUUUAUGACAAAAUUGUACUUCCUGGCAUAAAAAAUGAAUAUUUUUCCCUUUUAAAAAUGGCACAAGAAGCAGCAAAGGUCAGUGAUGUGUAUAGUGUGGUGUACCAAGCAAUGACUCAGAUGCCAGUUAAAGACAAUAUUCCUUUCCUUUGGUCAAGUAUGGCUCAAGUAAAAUUAUACAACUUCAUGGCUCUUGCAAAUUAUUUUGUCGCUGUGGCACUGCUCGAUCAUCAAUUAAGUCCUGAUUGUGAUGAAGAUCUGCAUGAAAAAACACUCACACAACUUUAUGACUGCAUGCCAGAAGGACAUUUACCCUUCAGCCUCCUGAAAAAUCAUGAUAACCGCAAGAGCUUAGGUAAGUCUCAUCUGCGCAAAGCAAUCACGGGUCAUGAGGAUGCCCUAAGAAUAUACAACUUAUGUCGGGAUUUGAAGAGGCUGGAAAUCCUUCAGGAGAUACUGUUAGUCUGCCAUAAGCGUUCUUUAGACAAAUAUUCCCAAUGUGAAAAGGAGGAGGAUUUCUUUGACUACAUUGAAGCACCUGAAAUUAACUCCAAAACCGAGCAAAAAUCUGAGAUAGUGGUGCCAGCAUCCAUUAAGAUGAAAGUCAGAGAUUUGUUCCAAAAAUUGGGCCCUCUAUCAGUAUUCUCUGCCAAGCAGCGAUGGACAGCCCCUCGAAAAAUACACAUAAGCCCAGAAAAUGGAAAUCUUGGCUUCACACUUCAAGGUGGUUCUCCAGUUAAUGUUAAGUCUGUAAACCCAAUGUGUAUGGCUGCUACAGAGGGACUGAAGGAAGGUGAUUUUAUUGUUUCAGUAGAAGAUGUAGACUGCAAGUGGAAAAGUGUCAGUGAAGUCAUGAAAAUGUUAAAGGAUAACAGUAACAAGGGAUUUGAUAUGAAAGUUAUCAGCCUUGCGGAAAACACUCUCUCUAUGCCCAACAAAAGUGCCACAUACUGUGGCGGACUGCCAAAAACAUAUUCAAUGAUAUGUCUUGCCAUGGAGGACAAAAGGAAUUUAAAAACGACCAAAGUGACCAAAAAAUUGUCAUUCCUGAGUUGGGGCAUGAAGAACAAACAGAAAGCAGCAAGCACAAUUAGUCUUCCUUCAGCUGUUGCAGAUGCACCACAAUUAAGCAAACCGCUGUCUGCCACCUUCCAGAUGACAACAAAUAAUAGUGCUCUCUACUAGUAUUAAAAAAUGAAUUAUUUCUUAUUGAUUUAGAAGGGACUGUGAACUUUAAUAUCAUUUAAUAUAUUCAAAUGUUUCAAAUUGUAUUAAACAAAUUAUGUUCAUUGUGAUAUUGUAGAUUAUAUGCACAUGUAUAUAUACAUAUGUAUUUAUAUAUACAGUGUGCAUGUGUGUAUAUAUAUGUCCAGCCAACAUGUAUAACUUUCAUAGUUUAUGAUGAUGAUUUGCUUUGUAUGUAUCUGGAAUGAAUUUUUCCCCAGGCAAUUUGAAUGAGCUUGGGGAGUGCACCAAUAAUACUUUAGCUUUCUGAUGACUAUUUGGACUGUUCUUUUUAGGCCUUGGGUCCAGCAUCAUGUAUGCUGCAUCAAUGCCUGGUAUGCUUACACCAUAUGCAUUUUAGAUAAAGCUUGCUGAAAUGCUAAAUGAUUUAUGGUUUCUCUGGUUAUUGCACUUUAGAUAACCAUUUUGCAAAUUAUUGCUAACACUUUGCUACAGUAGGUGUUAGUGUUAAGACUUCUACAGAGUAGAUAAUACUUUUAACACUAUUUGAUACUCAAAUAGCAUAAAAGCAUAAAAGAAAAGUAGUUUCUGAAAGACCAAUUCCUGUCCUACCAUUUUAAUUUUGUAUAUUCAUUGUGCAUUGAAAAACUAUUUUGUUUUUGUUUUAUAUUAAUGUUUUUUUAUUGUAUUUUGAUAUAGUUAUUUUUGUGUGUUUAAUUUAAUAAAAUGCCAAAUUUAACGAGA